AUGUCACAAUCCCUACAAGAUGAAUCACAAACCAACCCAACAACACCCCUUCACCUCCACGCCGAACUCCUCCCCAACAUCCGCCAACUAACCCUCUACAUCUCAGUCCCCCCAAAGACCCCCCGGUCUAACCUCCAAAUCACCCUCUCAGACUCGCGGCGCGCAGUUACUGUAACAUCAUCCCUACCCAACACCAACCAAGAUGACCCCACCUCAACCUCAGAAACCAUCAAACUCCCCGCGCGCGUCAGCGAAUCAUCCCGUCGCAUCCUCCAACAACGACCACCCUCCACACAAGGCGAAAGCGAAUACUCCUUCCGCAUGCAAGUAGACGAUAAUGACACGUCCCUGCACAAGGACGAAACCACCCUAAAUGACGGGUUUAUUCCCUGGACAGCGACAGACAUGUCCGCGCAUACACGCCUGCGGUGCGUCAAGUGCCAUAACCCCAUAAUGGAGGGUGGUAAAGUGUGGAAAGACCUUCCUAGUGGGAACUGGGCUGAGAUGAUGGAUUUCUGGCAUUGUCAUAAGCCGGAUCCACCGGAGGAGGAGCGGAAUAAAGAGGGGGAGGAUCCCAAUGCGGUGGUGAAGGGGUAUGGGGCGGGCAAUCAGCUUGUUGCGGUGGAGGGGACGGUGUUGGUGGAUGUGACGAGUUUUUUGGUGAAGGGGGUGGAUUGUUUGGGUGUCGAUCAGGUAAGGAAUAUCUAUAUUGAUGUGUUUUUCUGGGUUGCAUUGCUUGUGGAGUGUUGGGUUUGUAAUAGAGGGGUGGGGUGGGGUGUAUGGGCAACAAGAAGGAGACCUUUUCAGUCAAUGAUGAGGCCUUCGAUACAAUUGCCCUAU